GAGUCCGCCAAAAAAAUAUUAGUCACGUGGUCGACUGCACGUGUGAACCAAGUGAUAGAAUUUGUUUUCCUUGCUCGCGAUUGAUAUAUUGAAUCUUUUAUUUAAAUAACACACGUGCAGUGUAUAAUGUUGUGAUAGUAAUAGUAAUUAAACAAGAAUGACGUAAUAAUAAUUAAACAAGAAUGACAUUUUAGCAACACUUGUCAAUCGUUAGAUGAUUUUUUCUCGAGGUUACACAAAGAUCGCAUGGUAUCGUAACGCGAUGCACGAAACGAAAAUAAAACGGGGCAGCAUUCCUUGUUUACGCUCGGAACUAAAUCUUGCUCUCACUUUACAUGGUGGUCAAAGUUUUAGAUGGACCGAUUGUGACGAUGGAUAUAAAGGUAUCUUUGAUGGAUGUAUUUGGACCUUAUCUCAAAAUGAAACUCAUCUGUUGUAUACUGUACAAGGGCAAUUAAAAAGUUCUGUACACUAUGACGACAUUCUGUCUGAAUAUCUAAGGUUAUCGAUAUCAUUGAAGGAACAUUAUAAAAAGUGGGCGGAAGCAGAUACACAUUUUCAGAAAAAUCUAGAUGAAAGUAACGCUGUGCGAAUAUUAAAGCAAGAUGUUGUAGAGACUCUCUUCUCAUUUAUAUGUAGCUCUAAUAAUAAUAUAUCAAGGAUAUCAAAUAUGGUUGAAAAAUUGUGUUUGUUAUUUGGCCAGAAGAUAUGCUCAAUUGAAGAUAGAGAAUAUUACGAUUUUCCAACAAUAGAAGCUUUAAAGGAAAAAAGCGUAGAAAGUAUUCUAAAGAGGGAAAAAUUUGGCUAUCGUGCUGCAUAUAUAGCUAAAACAGCGGAACGUUUAUCUGCAUUAGGUGGAAAGAAAUGGCUCCUAAAUCUACAAAAAGAAAAUAAUGUAUCUUAUCAGACUGCUAGAGAACAAUUGAUGACUUUGCCAGGAAUCGGCCUCAAAGUUGCUGAUUGUAUAUGUUUAAUGUCACUAGGCCAUUUGGAUGCUAUACCUGUUGAUACUCAUAUCUUUCAAAUAGCGCAAGCAAAAUAUUUACCACACUUGAGGAAGCAGAAGACAGUUACACCAAAAAUUCAUGCUGAAGUCAGUAAUUAUUUAGGAGAAUUAUGGGGCCCGUUAGCUGGAUGGGCACAAGCUAUUGUAUUUUCUGCAAAAAUCAAUAUCAAAAAUCAACCCAAAUUAAUCGAAAAGCGAAAACGAAAAUCUGAAAAUGAAAAUCUUGUACAAACAAAAGUUCCUAAAGCAAAAUAAUGCUUUUCAACGAUAGUUUAUUUUAUACAACAGAUUUCACAAAUUAAUAAAAUUGUUGACCAAAUGUGAUUUUAAUUAUAUAUUUAAAUUUGUAAGAGACUGUACGCCAUAAAUGGCGAUUUAUCAUUUUAUUAA